AGUGCUGUGAAAAAGGGGGUUUAUUAAGGGAAGAAAAAGUGAUUUUCAUAAAAAUUUAAGUGUGUGAGACGCAGUUCAGGAUAAUAAAAACCCAAAGCCAAGCAAAAAGAACUAACAAACAUGCCCGUCGUGGUCGAGGGAAGCUUUCAACAAUCGACCGGAGCAUCCUCUCGGGCAAUGCCUUCCACCACACCCAGGACGCUGUCGCCGGACGCUUCAGAAGCUGCCUCAAUUGCUAUGAUAGAAGUGUCGGGCUCAUCGAUAGCUGAAGGGCCAGCCCACAACCAUCAACAUCAUCAGGACGAUGCGUCGGACGCGCUCGUCGGCGACAGCACGUUCAUUAACGGAUGCGCCUCAGCGAACGGUGCGGACCUGCUCCAUCCCUGGAACGGUACCGUACCCGACCUGUCGAGGUCUCCGUCGGUGGGUGACACCUUUGUAUCGGCGGCUGCCUCCUCCGACAUGCCGUACCCAUCGUCGUUCGCCGACAGUACGACCGAUUCCGACUCCGGCCCGGAGGAGGAGGAAGCCGACCUGCCAGUAGAGGCUGACCCGUUUGCGUACAUCACAACCGCUACCAUUACGCUCAGCUCCGGUGGCAGUACGGCCGGCAUGUUUCCGGCCAUGGUGGGACACGGUGCCACUGUCAAUCUUGGACCGUCGGGCACGAAUGCACUUGCGGCACCGGUCGGAAGCGAAAGACUGCUGCAACGCUCGGGAGCAUUGGAGGGUCCGGAUGGAGCAUCACCAUCGUCGUCGUCGUCGUCGUCGUCUUCCUCCUCGGGCAAAACGUCGAUUUCCAUGUCGAUCGCAUCGGUUGGCGAUGACUCGACGGAACGGGAGCUGAACGAGUCGCCCGUUAGCGUGCAGAUUGUGCCGGAGAAAAAAGGACUCUUCCUCAAGCACUCGGAGUAUGAGAUCAAGCUGAAGGGCAUCGAGAAGACGGUCCGCCGCCGGUACAAAGAUUUCGUCACACUCCAUCGCUAUCUGGCGGAGAAGUAUCCAUAUCGACUCCUUCCAGCACUGCCACCGAAGCAGCUGAUGCUGGACUCGCUCCUGGAAGAACGGCGGCGCGGUUUGCAGACCUGGCUGAUCAUCGUGUCGCUCCACCCGGUACUGGGCAGCUCCCCAAUCGUAAGCACCUUCCUGCGCGACACCACCACCGACCACCAAUACCGGCUGCGCGUGACGUACGAGAAGCAGAUGGACGAGCUGGUACGGCUACGGCCGGACGCAACUCUGCCGGAGGUAGACCUGGACACACUGGCCGAAUCGCGUACCCGCCUGCACCGUGUGCAGUGCACCAUGGGACGGUUGAAGCAACUGUUCGAUCGACGCCUGGGCCAUAACCGACGUCAAACAGGCGAGUGUGCCGAAAUCGAACGCAUUCUGCAGAGUCCCGAUCUGCGCGACGCAUUCAACGAGGACGCAACGUUUGAGGAUCUGUCCGCGAGUGAGCGGCUGAUUGCGAAGCAGGUUGAGCGCUAUGUGCAGGUGCAGCAGCGUGCCGUUACCGAACGGUUGGACGUACUGCUGGAGGUGUUGCAUGCGCACAGUCAACUAUGCGAACGGAUCGAAAAAGGCAUCGUAGCUGAUCAGCAGAGAACGAUGACAGGAAAGUCCCCGGGAGCAAAUGCAGGAAACAGUCGAGUGAAAGUCAAAGCUCAUUCGAUGAAUCAAACCGGUAUUAUGACGCAACAAAAUGAAGGGAAUGGCUCUGCGUUCGAAGCAACUCAACUCGCGCGUCGUUCUGCGUUUGCGUUCAGCUGUGCCCAGGCAGAAACGCUGCUGGCGGAGCGCUAUCUGCAGUCGUUGCCUUCGAUACUACUGUCCUACGCGCACGAGGAGCAACAGCAUCAUCAGAAGAUGUCGAAGAUAUGGCAUCGGUUAGUGGUCAGCGAGUCUAGCCGGCUCGACUAAACAGCCACCAAGGGCUUGCGUGAGGAGAUCGUGAAAAUGAGUACAGGAAAUGGCAGGGAAAGGCUAUCAAUUAGUACGGGAAAUGUUUGUUAAGAGGUUGCUGAAUUUCGAUUAGUGAUACGUAGAGUAUACAGUGUUAUAAAAGAGUGGUGUCAUCAGAUAGUAGCGUACGUAUGAACUUUGAUAAGAAUAGAAUUUAGAUAAUUCAAAUGGAUUGGCUACUUUCUUAGGAACUUAUGAUUCACUUGAGUUUUUGUUCAUAUUCUCA